UUUUUAUUUACAAACAUUAUUUACUGCGGUCCUUCUGUCUUGAAAGCUUCAUUGACAACAAAAACAGGUGCAAGGUGGACAUAAUUUUGUCCACAUCAAAAUGCCGCCCAAAAAGAAAAAGGGGAAGGGAAAAGGAAAGAAAAAGAAGAAGGAUGAUGCUCAGUUGGCAUUGGAUGACCAAUACACUCAAACCAUGAACAAAAUUGAGGCAUUAAAGGACCACUUGGCUGUGAGAAAAGAGUUGGCUCGUCGUAACCAAGCAGGGAGUGAAAGCAUGAAAUCCCAGGUGGAGGAAACAAAGGGCGAAUUAGAAGAUCUCAAGAAAAAUCAACUGGACAUUACAGCUGCAAUGACAACGCAGUAUAAAACUAUGCAGACAAAGAAGAAUUAUACCAUUCAUCAACUGGAGAGAGAGCUUGCUCAGACAACAAAGCAAUUAAAGGAAACAGAAAGAAAACUGAAGGAAACAGAGGAUGACAGGGACCGAAUAAUUAAGGAGAAAGAUGAAGAGAUCGCUGAGCUAAACCACAACAUGACAGCGCUGGAACACAGCUAUAAGCGCAUUCUAGAUGAUGCCCUUCGCAAAUUCAUUGAGAAACUUGAGAUGGCCAAAGAGAAAUGGGAAGACACAGCAACAAUGAUUCAGACACGAAACAAGCAAACUUUGAUGGAACUACAGAUGACCGAUCCCUGGACGUUUGAUGAAGUCAAACCAAUGCGAGCUCUGCAUUUUUAGUCGAUAUGUGCAACAGUUUUUAUGUAAUUCUUGUUUUUGUGUUUGUGUCAUAAAAUAUUUUCAGGAAACAGUGAAAAUACAUCGUAAAAGUAAUAUUAGCAUAAAGAAUAAAUUAAAUCAUGUAAAAUUUUG